AUGACAUAAUAGUUUAAAUAUUACAACAAACUAGAAGAAUUUUUAAAUUCUUCACAUUAAUCUCAUUAGGUUCUCCAUAUAAAUCUAAAUUAGUACAAUAUUGAUGAAAUAGGUGUAUCAAGCUUAGGUUAAGCUUUAGCAAAUUGCACUAAUCUCUCAAAUUUGAAACUUGAUCUUAAUGGAAACAAAAUUGGUGAAACAGGUGUAUCAGGUUUAGGUUCUGCUUUAGUAAAUUGCACUAAUCUCUCAAAUUUGGGACUCCAUCUUUAAUAUAACGAAAUUGGUGAUUAAGGUGUAUCAGGCUUAGGUUUUGAUUUAGCAAAUUGCACUAAUCUCUCAAAUUUGAUACUUGAUGUUGGUUAUAACAAAAUUGGUGAAACAGGUGCAUAAGGCUUAGGUUCUGCUUUAGCAAAUUGCACUAAUCUCUCAAAUUUGAUACUUUAUUUUUAUGAUAACAAAAUUGGUGAUUAGGGUGUAUCAGGCUUAGGUUCUGCUUUAGCAAAUUGCACUAAUCUCUCAAAAUUGAUACUUGAUCUUGGUAAUAAUAAAAUUGGUGAAAUAGGUGCAUCAGGCUUAGGCUCUGCUUUAGCAAAUUGCAUUAAUCUCUCGAAUUUAACACUUCAUUUUGAUGAUAACAAAAUUGGUGAUUAAGGUUUAUCAGGCUUAGGUUCUGCUUUAGCAAAUUGCGUUAAUCUCUUAAAUUUGACAUUUUAUCUUAAUGAUUGCCCAUAAUAUUGGAAACUAAAAAGCAAGUGUCUUAAAUCAAAGAGAUUAAUUGUCUUUAAAUUAAUUAUCUAUUGACGAUAAACAGAUGUGAAAAAGGAUUAAUAAAUAAUAAAUAUUUGAAUAUUAAAAAUAAUAUGUUUAAUUAAAUAAUAUUUUGUAAUAAGAUUAUUUAACCUUAAAUUAAAAUAUUUUGUUUUUUUU